CCGACUGUUGCAACAGAAAAUGUCGUAGAGGAACCGGAUUUUUGGGAAAAAUUUUGGUGGAAAAACUUCUACGAGGUUGUCCAGAUAUAGGAAACAUCUAUCUUUUAAUGAGGGUCAAGAAAGGCAAAUUAAUAAAUGACCGGCUUAAUGAACUUACCACCUUGCCCAUUUUCGCGCCCUUAAGAAAAAUAAAUCCAGAUUUUCAGAAGAAACUUAUACCAAUCAGUGGAGAUGCAACAAAAUCUGGAUUAGGUUUAUCAGAUGAGGAUCGUGCAUUAAUAAUAGAGGAGGUGUCCAUCGUAUUCCAUGCAGCUGCCUCUACUAAAUUUGAUGAUCCAUUACAAUUGAGUGUACCAAUUAACGUUAAUAGCGUAAUAGAAUUGAUCAGUAUUUGCAAAGAAUGCCAGAAAUUGAAAGCCGCUGUUUACGUAUCUACAGCUUUUAGUCAAUGCGUCCAUGAAAAUAUAGAAGAAAAAGUAUACCCGAUACCUAUGACGUAUGAAGAAAUUGAUUACACUGUACAGAUAAUGAAGCGACGGAAUUUUUCAGAAGAGGAAGAAGUUCAAUUCACUAAAAUAUUACUGGGGAAAUUUCCAAACACAUAUGUGUUUACUAAAUCGAUUGCUGAAGGAGUUUUAAAUGAAAAAGCAAGGGAUCUACCAUUUUCUAUUUUCAGAUUUCCUAUAGCUCUUGCAACUUAUAAAGAACCCGUACCUGGAUGGGUGGACACUGUUCAGGGAUUUAAUCAAGCAUUAGUGGGGAUCGGAAUUGGUGUGAUACGUGUAUUGAAUAUUGAUGAAAAUGCAAACUUGCACAUGGUACCUGCGGAUUUCGUCUGUAAUGCUUUAAUUGCUACUGCAUGGGAGACUGGUACUCUUGAAAAUAGAAAUCCGGAUGAGUUGCCAGUGUACAAUUAUGUUUGUGGUAAAAACAAUCGGAUUACGUGGUAUGAUUUCAGGCAAUUGUGUCUAAAACAUGGACCUAAGCAGAUACCAAUGAACGCCAUUUAUUACCCUGAUGCUUUUUACAUCAAGACUCUUGAAAUAUACGCUUUCUACAAUUUCUUCUUGCAUCUCAUCCCAGCCUUAUUAGGAGACGUUCUUCUGAGAAUAUUAGGAAAAAAGCCUAUACUUCAUAAAAUAUACAAGAAGGGAAAUAUAUUACUGGAAGUUACAAGAUUCUUUACGUUGUGGAACUGGUCAUUUGAAUCUGAAAGGGUGCAAUCUCUGUGGAAUAAACUUUCUAGAGGUGACAAAGACCUGUUACCCUUUGAUUUAACAUCGUUAGAUUGGGAGGACGCAAAUAUUGAAUGCUGGAAAGGGACUCUGAAGUAUGCACUGAAAGACAACGCGAGUUCGGAAGAACGAUUUCGUAAAUAUACCAGACUUUACACAGUUCAUCGCACGAUUCAGGUUUUAUUUGCAACUUUCAUACUUUGGCUCAUCUGGAAAUUAUAUUCCUGCGUAUAAAUUGAAUAAAAAAUUUCCGAGGGAUUACAAA